CUUUCAAGAAGAGUUUACACAAAUUAUUAAAUUUGAACCUCCUUUGUACAAGCAACGCCACCAGUUCGUUAAAGAUUUAGUGGAGAAAUAUAAACCUAAGAAGAUUUUUUGCUGCUAACUUUGCUGCUGGUGAGCCUGUUCUCUGAGUUUUGGAGGAAGAACAGCCCAGUGAAAAGCAGUGGUGAAUGUGAAAAUUGAUGCAGCUUUUAUAUUUAAAAUCAUACCUUACUGUUACUCAUGUGGGAGACAUUCUCCAGAAUCCAGUGGGAUGUCCUACAUAUACUUUUUUAUAGGUGUAGUGACAAAAGGUGGCAGAUUUAGGAUGUGCUGAUUGCAGCCUUCUCUGGAUGCUGAAAUUCUGCAGUUGCAUUGAAGUGUUAGCUGGGCUAGAUAUCUGUGCAAAUGUGAUGAAAGAGAAAAUGCAUACUUUGUCUCCUCUUCCUGUUGAUUAUUUGCAGCCAUCUGAAAGAUGCCUAACUGUUACCUUGCAUCAUGGUUCAGUUGCCCAUAAAGAUCCCUGUAUGCUUGGUUUUGACUUGGUGACAUGUAUUGAACUAAUAGAACACCUGGAUGAAUCAGAGCUGAAGAAGUUUCCUGAAGUGGUGUUCGGUUUCAUGGCUCCAAGCAUAGUUGUGAUCAGCACUCCAAAUUCUGAAUUUAACCCUUUGCUUUCAAGAGUGAUGUCAUACAGGCAUCCAGACCACAAAUUUGAGUGGAGCCAAGCACAGUUUCAAAACUGGGCUCUAGAGGCUGCUCGAUGCUAUGGUUACUCAGUGGAAUUUACUGGCGUUGGGCACCCACCAACAGGAAUGGAGAAGGUUGGGUUUUGUACCCAAAUAGGUGUGUUUGUGAGAAAAUAUCCUCAAACUGGUGAAUCAGUUCAGUCUGAGAAACCCACUGAAACAGUUUACAAAACAGUCUUCAAAGCAGUGUACCCAAGUCUUAAAGAUGAAAAGUACUUGCAGAAUGCAGUGAUCAGUGAAGUUAUUUUCACAGCCCAAAUCAUUAAGCACCGUUUAAUGUCAAUACGUGAGGAGUACAGUGAUGAUCCUGAGAGAGAAUCCAAAUUCCAACCUUCAAUGGACUGUUUUUCAGACUAUCUUGGAAAACUGGUUGUUGAAAAACACAUGGAACCAUUUAUCAGUGGAAAUGAGGUUUACAUACCUCUUGCAACAGUCUUUUCUUUUCCCAAAGUGAAUCGCCUUUGUGGUACCUUUGAGAAGUUAUGCAAGCUUAUUGCUGGCAAGGUCACACUGAGUAGUGAUGGCUCUGCUGUGAUGAUCAGUAUUGAGCAUGAAGAGAAUUAGAUCUUACACGAAGUUCAGUUGAAGUAAUGAAAGUGUUUUUUUUAAAAGUUGUCAGAUGCAAUGUUCUGUAUGCUAAGUAGACUGCAAAAUAUUUUCUAACCUUCCAUUGGUGGUCUUUAUUUAUCAGCAUCUCUCACUGAGUGAAGGUGAGUGCUUCUGACAAAGGCAGCAGUAACUCCUAGGGGUUUCAAGUAGAGUAUCAGGAGCCAAAAGGAAAUAAUUCCUAAGAAGAAAAUUAAGUAUUUCUGUUAGCUUUCUAUUGCUUUAUUGUAGCUAUCAUUACUAGAUUAUUUCUAGUAGGCUCUUGUUAGCUUCAAGGACAGUUUGGUUUUGCCAUCUACUGUGUUGUGCUGAAUAAUGUGAGUCAGACCUAAGUUUACAGCAAGUUUUUUCUUAAUUUUGACAAAAUUUAGAGAUGCCUUUGUCAAGAUGAGUACAUACUCAGCCUUGAUGAAAACCAAAUGUUGUUCAGCUGAAUUGAAAUUUGAAACUAUAAUCUUUGUUCUGUUUUUCAAAAAAAAAAAUUCAAAAAAAUUAAAGAACUGCAGUAAUUGUGAAUGCUAACUUGAAAAAAUUUCUGUUGUUUUCAUGUGCAGCUGCUGUUCAAAACUGUAAAAUCCAAAUAGAAUAGAUGGAAAAAAAUUAAUAAGAACAAAACUCCACAACACAACCAAAAAAACCCUCCAACAUCAAAAAAAAGAGUGCAGGAUCCUGAAUGUAAGGGAAAUAAUGUAGAUAUCUAUUGUUUGGUUAUGGUCAGAAUAGUUGAAGAGAACAUUUCUGAUCAGUGUUGUGAAUUAAAAAUUUUCCUUAUAGAUUAGAAAAAGAAUAGGAUCUAAAUGACACAUUUUCCCAAUAAUACAGAUAUCAGUUUAUAAUAAACACAGGCAGAAAAGAGCAAAGCAUUUAAAAAAGAAGUCCUUAACUGGAAGAGAAACUGAAAAUGGAUUCAAACUUCCAGUUAAGUUUGUAAUUUUUUGCAUUAAAAAAAGAGACAAUUGUUUAGGAAUGGAUUCCAAGCUGAAGACAUGAGUUUAUUGAAUGUCUGAGAGAUUUGUAUUUAAAUACAGUUAAAAAAACUUAUAAUCCACCAAUACAUCCCAAACAGUUUACAACAUGGAAGUCUCCAGUAUUAAUAUAACAUAGUUUACAAAAAUGAAAAUACAGCACCUGAAUGUGGUUAUUUUCACUUACAUGAUGCACAAUUAGAUUAUCACUUCACAAAGAGUUGUAAGUCAAGUCUGAAGAAUAAAUUACUAAGAUACAGUUUUAUGAAAAGCUGUAUUUCUAUGUCAACUUCCCUAUUAUUUAAAAGAUCUGCUCAGGCAAGAAAAUACUGUUUCUAAUAAACAGAUUAUCUAACAGAUGACCAUUAGCUAUGCUGGUUAACA